AUGGCCCUCGCAUAUCCCGAAGGAGAAUGCUUCUUUAGGCGCUCCGCCUUGAAGAACGGCUUCUAUUCUGCAGACCGCGUUGACCAAUUCUACGGCCAUUUUCUCGUUGAAUUUCUCUGGAAUGUGCCAAUUCAUACGGGGCCGCAAGUGAUGGAUCAUCAUUACCACCCACGCUCCUCAUACAAGAGACAUGAUUUCAGCCAGCCCGGACAUCCAAUCUACGGCGGCGGUAGAAAGGGCCCUUACAUAGGGAACUGGUCGCAGAUCGCUUUCGUCUACGGCUCCCAUUAUCAUAAAGGAAAGCAUAGGCGAGUGCAACAUAACCUAUGCACAUAUGACGAGCGUCUUAAGAAGCAGGUCAAUGGCGAUGCUAUGGAGUCCUGGUUCAUGGUGAUGCCCAUGCCAAAGCGGCAAGAGGGCUGGGUCUUCAUCGAUCGAGUGGCCAGCAUUCGUGCCAUUUAUAUCCCCGUGGCACAUCAGGCAUCGGAGGACCAUCCGGAGCUAUGCACCUUCCAGCAUGUUAACUUCGCUUCGGCAGAUGCAAAAGUGAAGAUCUAUCGUCACGACGGCACUCCGAGUAAUCCGAAGAAAUUCUGGAACGACGUUACGCUACACAAAACGUAUGGGUUAAAAGCUUGGACCCAGGAGACGCUGGGGAUCAACAUAAACGGGCUUGUGAAUCUUCUCUCUCUUCCGCGUCAACUACGCGCGCAGAACGCCUUCACGUCCAAGAACAUUAUGCUCGUGGGAGCGGCCAUGGUGGCCACCCCGCCAGUUGAGAGAAGCUUCGACGACCAGGCCGACUUUGACUGGGCCAAGGUCGCCGGAGCUAACUUCGGCCUAGCAAUUCAGUGGAAGCCCGCGCCAAAGAAACAGGAUUGGUUGGAAAACUUUGUGAAGAACUCGUUGACUAUCGCAAUUGGCUUCAUCCCCGGGGUGGGGCCCAUUGCCGCGAUUGCGUUCCCCUUGAUCUGGACGGCCAUCGCGGACCCGGACUCGUUCGUUGACACCUGGAGAAAUCUUUGCCCGGGAGUUGAUAUACAGCUGAAGGUCCUCGAAGCUAUCCGGGACAGCGCGAAACAGACCCGCGAGUAUCUUCCGGAAGGGUGGGAAAAUUCCGCUCUCGGGCCCAAAUUCCUGGCGCCUCGGAACCCAGGCGGCGUGCAUGCCAUGGCUGCUUUGACCUCGGAUGGCGGGGAUAACGACGAUACUGAAGCCCGUGAGCUCGUGGCGUCGGAUGACUUUGGUACCGACAGUCUCAUUAACAACGAGCUCAAGUCCGUGGCAGGCGAGAAUAUCGACUACAAGUCCCUGGUUGCGGAGGCCGGGAGACCCGAAGAGGAGAUCAUCAUUCUGGAAGCCGAGAAGGACCGCAUGGAGGGCGUUGACCUGGAUGCUGAGGAUAACCGUCUGGAGGACGAGAUUGGGGACGAGGGCAUUCCAGACCGAGUGACCUUGGACGAAAUCGGUCCGAAUCUGUAUUUCCGCCUGACCGAGCAGGCGCUCAAGGAGACGGCCACCAAGGAGGAAGAGAGUGAAUGGGCGAAGCUGGUGGAGACUGCGGUCGACACGGCCAAGGACAUCGUCUCCAAGCUUCCUACCUUGCCCGGUCUGGGAGCGAAGCAGGAGACCACGCCCGUAGAAGAGGCCGGCGAGGACCCAACCAAGAGCGACGGACCCGUGAACAACUAUGACUGGAUGGAUACCUAUCUCGAGGAGCUAUUUUCGGGGAGGCUGACCCUGGAGGAGUCCAAGUGA